AUGCUGGUGACCUAUUUGGAAGCCAGCCGGGACCUUUGCGAGACGGACUCGAUUCUCUUUGGCGCCGCAGUGGCAGUUUGCCGUAUUAUUGGCGCCAAACUUCCCAUGGCUGGACGCGCUACUACACAAAGUAGCGCCAUCCCAGCCUGUAGAAAAAGAAUCGAGGACCGUAUCGCAAAGGCAAGGGCCCUUAUCGGCAGACUGACAAGCUUCAGGUCGGGUAAUAAUAGACCGAGGAUUAUGCGCACCGUUAGGAUGGCGUUUGCCGGGACAAAUAUCAGUUUGUCCCAGCCGGAUAUCACGCAGAAACCAACGGAGCGCAUGGACGGACGACCUGAAGCAAAAGAUCGCUGCUUGGGGGAAGCGGAUUCGACGAUUUUCCGAGAGGUCAAGGCGGUUCAACCAGAAUCGUCUCUUCCAGAGUGA